AUGACCCCUCUUCGCCGCAGCUGCAGCAGGGCGCCCAGCAGCAGCUUCUCCUCCUUCUUCCCCCGUCUGCUACGCCACCAGCUCCCCAAGUCCUCUUCUUCUCCACGAGCAGCGUCUACAUCUUUGUACCGGCAGUUCUCUAGCACCAGAAGCUUGAACUCGGAAGCUAUGGAUAUCCAAACGAAACAUCAGUACCUGGCCGAUUCUCCGCCAACUAUCGUGAGACUGGAGAUACGGCCUCAUUUCGAAGCUCUGAAGGAUGACAAACUAAAGAGAUAUUCCCAUUUUAUCAGCAGGGCGGCUUUCCAAGGAACGAGAAUCACCCUUCGUCAAGUCUCCCCUGAAUCCGAACCUAUUUACGACCUUAUUAUAUCCCUCUACAACACUUGCAAGGGCGAUUGGAAGGCCCUCGCUACGAAGACGAAUACAAGCCCAGAGAAUUUGCAGUUUUUCCUAGAGUAUGCAGCGCAGUUCCUGGGCAACUGUGGGAACUACAAGGGAUUCGGGGACUCCAAGUUUAUCCCCAGGAUCCCAUCCGAUGCAUUUGAAGCUCUCGCUUCUGGCUCACCUGAGACGAAAAAGCUCUUCGAUCUUGCUUGCAAGUCAGGAGGGGGCAUCUAUGAGACCGCUUCACCGGAUCUGAUGCAUUUGGGUUAUCCCGAGAAGGGCCAAAUGACGACAUAUUACCCAGACUCCCCAUCCAUCACCAAGGAAGAGAUUACUUUGAUCGGUGAUUUUCUAGAGAAGAAGCAGCUUUUGUUGGAAAACACAAGGCUUAGAAAGACCCAGGAUGGCAACUUUGAACUAUUGAUUGCCUCGGCCGAAACGUCACCAGCGGGUAAGGACAGAGACGUUGGAGACGUCGAUGGGUGGGAUCUGGAAGGCAAGCUUGCUGGCAAGAAGCUUAAGCUAGUAUAUGGUGACUAUUCUGAGAUUAUGAAAAAAAUCGCGGAGAGCAUUAAGCAGGCUGGCGCGAAUGCAGCAAACGAUAUACAGAAGAAGAUGCACCAAGAAUACUUUAAAUCGUUUACCACCGGGUCCAUUGAAGCUUACAAGGAAAGCCAGCGUUACUGGAUUCGGGACAUUGGCCCGAUGGUAGAGUCUGACAUUGGAUUUGUUGAGACCUACCGCGAUCCCCAUGGCGUUAGAGGGGAGUGGGAGGGCUUUGCGGCAAUGGUCAACCUCGAGCGAACCAAGGCUUUCAGCAAACUUGUAGAGAAUGCCGAAACCAUGAUUCCCAAGCUGCCCUGGGGCAAGGAAUUCGAGAAGCAGACCUUUCUGAGCCCCGACUUUACCUCACUUGAGGUGAUGAGCUUUGCCGGAAGCGGUAUCCCAGCAGGAAUCAACAUCCCCAAUUACGACGACAUCCGCCAGAACCUUGGAUUCAAGAACGUGUCUCUGGGGAACGUUCUCAGCGCGAAAGCACCCAACGAGCCGGUCCCCUUCAUUCGUGCGCAAGACCUAAGUCUCUUCCGCGAACACAGAGAUGCUGCAUUUGAGGUCCAGGUCGGCAUCCACGAGCUGCUCGGCCACGGAACCGGAAAAUUACUGCAGGAAACGUCUCCGGGGAAAUACAACUUUGACGUAUCGAACCCGCCGGUGAGCCCGAUUGAUGGCAAGCCCAUUUCCACAUGGUACAAGCCCGGCCAAACCUGGAGCUCCGUGUUUGGAUCGAUCGCUUCUUCGUACGAGGAGUGCCGUGCGGAGUGUGUCGCCAUGGCUCUGGGGUGCGACUUUGGCAUCCUCCAGCUGUUCGGUUUCGGCAACGGCAAAGACGACAUCGACGGACAGGCAGGAGAUGUUCUCUACGCCAGCUACCUCCAGAUGGCUCGGGCCGGUGUGGUUGCCCUUGAAUUCUGGGACCCGAGCAGCAAGAAAUGGGGCCAGGCGCACAUGCAGGCACGAUUCAGCAUACUCCGUACCUUCUUGGGCGCUGGCGAUGACUUUGUUCGGCUGGUGCAUGAGAAAGAAGAUCUGUCUGACCUGGAAAUCCACCUUGACCGGUCCAAGAUCCUCAGCCAUGGACGGCCUGCGGUCGAGAAGUACCUGCAGAAACUCCAUGUGUACAAGAGUACGGCGAACUUCGAGGCCGGCAAGGCCCUCUACGACGAGAGCACUCAUGUGGACGAGUGGUGGGGGACCAAAGUGCGCCCUAUCGUGCUGCAGAAGAAGGUGCCCAGAAAGGUGUUUGUGCAGGCCAACACAGUGCUGGAGGGCGACAAGGUCGUGCUGAAGGAAUACGAGCCAACCCUUGAAGGCAUGAUCCAGAGCUAUGCUGAGCGCGACGUGUAG